AUGAAGUAUUCCCUCAUCACCCUCGCCCUCGCCCUCGGUGCCUCCGCCGCUCCUGGCUUCAAGCCGAGCUUCACCACCCGCAAGCGCGCUGCUUUCACCCUCCAGAACGGUCAGGAUGCCAUUGCCCUCAACCAGAAGUUCGCCGGUCUGACUGCGGACUCCGCCUGCACGGCUGGCGAGAACGCUUGCGUUAAAGACCAGUUCGCGCAGUGUGUCAACGGCAAGUUCGUGCUCCAGUCCUGUGGUGCCACCCUUGUCUGUGCUGCCCUCCCGCUCGUCAACUCUGCGGGUACCUCGAUCACCUGCACGACCGCCGCCGACCGUGACGCUCGUAUUGCUGCCACUGGUGCGACCGCUGCGUCCACCGGUGCGGCGACGACCUCUGCUGCGGCCGCUGCUUCCUCGUCCGUCGCCGCCGGUAACAACGCUGCCAACGGCAACGCCGCGUCCUCUGCGGCUCCCCCUGCUGGCACCGCCGCGGCGAACGCCCAGACCGCCCUCACCAUCGACCCCUCGAACGUGUUCGACUACUCGACCACUGGCGAGCCGCUCAACGACGGCCAGGAGGCGUCCACCACGUCGACGAACAACUUCAUCAACUUCUGCCUCCAGUUCCCCCAGAAGCAGAAGACGAACGGCAAGCAGAUCGUCGAGGGCUCCUGCAACCAGACUCCGAUGGGCGUGAUCGCGGCCAAGGCCCUGAUGCCCGCCGCCGCGUUCGUCGAGCCCGCCAACCUUGCGACUGUCCCGGCGAACCAGAACUUCACCAUCAAGAUCGCGAUCCAGAACAUCGAGACCGGCCACUUCACGAACCCGGACACGACCUUCCACAUGGCGCCCCAGACCGUGAACGACGCCGGGCUGAUCAAGGGCCACUCGCACGUCACGAUCCAGCAGAUCGAGUCCCUCACGUCGACCAAGAUCGUCGACGCGACGUCGUUCCAGUUCUUCAAGGGCCUCAACGGCGUCGCGCAGAACGGCAUCCUCAGCACCGUCGUCGGCGGCGGCCUCAAGCCCGGUGUGUACCGCAUCGGCACCAUCAACUCGUCCUCGAACCACCAGCCCGCGCUUGUCGCGGUCGCGCAGCGUGGUAUCCUCGACGCCGUCGCCUACUUCACCGUCCAGUAA